CGGAGCCUCGACGCUUUCCUUUUCACUUUAUUACUAAUUUAAUCCUAAUAAGACCGAGAAAAACUUUUGAAUUCCGCCUGUCGCUACAUAAUGGUUCUUCUUUUAACGUCGCGGCGCGUCGCCGCCACGAUAUUACUAUCAUGUGUGUCCGCGGUAGAGGCGAUUGAAUUUCCAGCAACUCUAGAAGUAGACAUCAUAUAUCCGCGCAACGGCACGUUCGCGCCUACCGUACUCACACCCAUCGUCUUCGCGAUCCGGAACCCGCAGCUUGCCGAGCCCCUUGAUAUAAACUUCAGCUGGGAUAUCUAUAAGGAAAGCCAACCCCUUGGCGAUGGCCCAUUUUCUUCUGGGAGCAAAGAUCUACGAUGGGUCGAUUUCUCUAACAUCAGCGACCCCUACUUCGUAUAUACGUAUUCUAAGAUGCUCGAUGUCGAGGAUUCCUGGUGGAUACGAUGGGAGCUAGCCUGGGGAAACUGCUCUAAGAUCCCCAGCACGAUAGAUUCCGUUGAAAUCAGCUUUGGCCGUCGGAACAAUGUUAUCGAGUUCACUACCAAGAACGGCGCGAAACAGCUCGACCUCGCCAGCGUUAAUACGCCUGACGAUGAUACUUGUGGCAAUGUCACUGAUACACGCGUCGCCUUCAAUGUGACGGGGGUUUUGGAUACUCCUCGUCCAGAUAAAUAUGACGACCGAGAGACGUGCGCCGUUCUUGCGCCGCCGUCUAAUGCGACGGCCCCGCCCCCCACAAGGACUUGCGGGGCCGAGGUAGGUGCUUCGGCCGCGUCUAGUAUCUCGGCCGCUAUCACUUCCCGGGCGUGUGCCGGUUUUGCUACCGAUCCGAAUGUGACCUGCCCACCUGAGAGUCCGAGUAGCGCCGCGAAAAGCAAAGAAGUGCAAUUCCUAGCGGGAAUGACGACUUGGUUGAAUACAUUGGUGUUUGCUGGUGUCGCGUAUAUUCUUAUAGCGUGACGCGGUCGCCCCCCGGAGUAUCAAUGACCCUAUAUAUAGAUACCAAAGUUCCAUGUUAUAGUUUAGCCUAGAAUCUA